CGGACUCGUAGCCUGUGUCUAUCCUCCAAUCUAUCUAGUUAUACACCCCAAUUGCGCAUCCUGUUACCCGCUUUUGUUGUGGUUACUUGUUGCUACUGUUGCUGUUCUUCCCGUUCCUCAUGUCUCCCUUAGAAUUGCCCCCAUCCGUCGACAACGUUGACUUUGCGUCGUUGCCGUGGAAUUUGAAUCUUCCGUCGCAGCACGUGUAUCUCCACUUGACGACUACCACGGAUUGGUCGGAGGAGGAAAAGUUCCUGCAAGAAUUGGAAAGCAGUGUCUUUUCGUACCAGGACCGUCCGCUCCCGCUGACUCCCGCCACAACGUCGCUCAACUACGGCACCACCUUGUGGGAAGGAUUGAAAGCGUACCGCGUCGACGACCUCAAGGCCGUCGUGUUCCGUCCCGACCAGAACUAUGCGCGUAUGUGGGCAGGGGCACACGAAAUGUGUCUACCCAUGCCGAGUAAGCGUUUGUUUCUCCGAGCGGUGCAGCUCGCUGUCCAGAAGAACGCGCACUUGCUGCCUCCCGUCGGUGACGGCAUGAAGCUUUACGUCCGCCCCAUGCUCCUGGGAUCCGGACAACAGCUCGGACUCUACCCGAGUCCGCAAGUGUCCUUCCUCGUUUACGUCUCGCCGACGGGAAACCACUUUGCCUCGGCCACGGCCGGACUCAACCUGCAUCUGGAAACGCGUCGGGCACGGGCCUCUCGUGGCGGCAUGGGAUCCACCAAGUGUGCCGGCAACUACGCCGUCGCGCUCAAACCGUUGAUGGACGCCAAAAAACACGGUUUUCACGAUAACGUCUUUCUCGAAUUGGAAACCUUGCCGGAAAAAGAUGGGCACGGGAUUGAGCAGGCGGUCUUGCAAGAGUUGUCCGCAGCCAACGUCUUUGUCGUGCUCCGGACGGGGGAGAUCGUCACCCCUAGUUUAGAUCGGGGCACCAUUCUACCCGGUGUCACACGACGGUCCGUGUCUACGGAAAAUCCGGAUGUCCGGGUCACGGUAUCGACCCGCGAUAUUACCGUGGGCGAACUCGCGCACGCUACGGAAUUCUUUGCGACGGGCACGGCGGCCGAAGUCGUUCCCGUCGCGCGAGUG